CCUGGCGCUGACCGAUGGACGAGCCGCUCCAUGGGGAGGACUCCGGACCCUGGUGGGGGGAUGGGGGAUUCUUUCGCCCCCGAGGCGGAGAGACCCAAAGAGGGUUUCUACGGGUUUGCCCCGAGGUAGGGGAGCGUGGGAAUAGGUGUGAGCGCGCCUGGAGGGGGAGGGUGAUUCCCCUGAUUCACCCCUGGCAGGACUUGUUUUUUUCCAAUCUGAGCCAGACGCUGCAGUGAAGUUUGGCGAAGAGGUGAGAUUCCUCACCGCGGCGGCCUUACUGCCGAGUACAGCCGCCCGCCGGGCGUCCUGCGGCCACACCCCUGGCGGCCGAGGCCGGCUACGCCCACGCGACCCCUCCCAUCCCCCCGCCUGUCUGGCCAAUGGAGGAGCUACGAAUGGCACGACCUGCCCGAGCUGGGCAAUCUCCAGUUGCACGGUGCUUGGAAGCCUGGGAAGACUUUGUUGGAAGGGGAGGCGGGGAGAGGGUGCUGAAGGCUCUUGGGCGAUGGCUCCUGCACCCUUUCCAGCCUCCCUGUUUCCCUGGAGUCGCCGAACCACAGCUCAGCCAAUUGGCUCAGAGAUGUGGUGGGUUGCCACUUCCCUAUGGGUCUAUGCGGCACUCUUCUGCCUGGUGACUGACACCUUGGAAAUGAGAUUUGUGACGUCAUCGCCUCGGCCGGCCAAUAGAAAAAGCUCCCGCGGAGAGGUGUUCCUCCCCCUUCGACUGCGCUGCUUCACGCGCGUGAACGAGCGCGCGCGCGCUGAAGGGGUGGGGGAAAUCUCGAGCCGGGAGGCGCGCAUGAGCAGCGAAGCUCCUCCCCCCUGCCUAUAUAUAAAGGGCUGGCGCGGGGCUCGGCGGCGCCAUUUCGCGCUGGAGUGGAGCGGCCUCUAGAACGAGCUGGAGGAUUCUGCCUACCGAUACAGAGCCUUCGAGUCGUCGGGGGCCGCCAUUACAAUCCACGUCCAUCCGCUUGGAAAUGUCUUUCGUCUCGGCCUAUGACCGGUCACGGCGGACAGUGCAGACCCCAUAGAAGCCCCCGAAGCUCCCCUCUUUCGGGCCCCGCCCAAUCCUCGGAGUCUGUCCAUCCCCUCUUCUCCGCCCUCAAGAGGAUUUCAAAGAUGGAGGCGGCGGCUCCUUAAACCACUUUUGGUGUUCAUCCGCCUCCAUCCGAGAUCGAAACGGGACCUCGUCCGCCUGGGACGGUCCCGACAAGAAGAGGGGACCCCGGCAGACUAACAGCGGGCUGUAUUGACGACGGUGUCUGGGAUCAGGGGCCGUCUUUGGGUUUGAAGAGUCAGUGCCCCCUCGCUCGCCCGCCUCAGCUGAGGCCGCCGCCAUUUUCUUGCUGUUCGUCGCCUGCGGAGCGCGCCAAGCUGCCGGGAGCUCUCCGAGGGGCUGCGAAGGGGCUGCCUUCGAGCCGGCCAGGCGGGCGGGUUGUCGCCUGGAGGGCCAAGAGCAACGGCUCCCCCCCCCUUACUUCCCGGGUUAUGCUGGACCGAGCGGUGAGGGGAGCCGAGGCCACCCGGACUUUCCGCGUCUGAGGGCAGCGCCGGUUCCCUGCGGUCAAGAUGCUGCAAAACGUGACUCCCCACAAGCUCCCUGGGGAGGGGAAUGCAGGGUUACUGGGGCUGGGCCCAGAGGCAGCAGCACCAGGGAAAAGGAUUCGAAAGCCCUCCCUGUUGUAUGAAGGAUUUGAGAGCCCCACAAUGGCUUCAGUGCCAGCUUUGCAACUGACUCCUGCCAACCCACCACCCCCAGAAGUGUCCAACCCCAAAAAACCAGGACGAGUUACCAAUCAGCUGCAAUACCUACACAAAGUGGUAAUGAAGGCUCUGUGGAAACAUCAGUUUGCAUGGCCAUUUCGGCAGCCUGUGGAUGCCGUCAAACUGGGUCUGCCGGACUAUCACAAAAUUAUAAAACAGCCUAUGGACAUGGGUACUAUUAAGAGGAGACUUGAAAACAGUUAUUACUGGGCUGCAUCAGAGUGUAUGCAAGAUUUUAAUACCAUGUUCACGAACUGUUAUAUUUACAACAAGCCCACUGACGAUAUUGUCCUGAUGGCACAAACGCUGGAAAAGAUCUUCCUACAGAAAGUGGCAUCAAUGCCACAAGAGGAACAAGAGUUGGUGGUGACGAUCCCUAAGAACAGCCACAAGAAGGGGGCCAAGUUGGCAGCAAUCCAGGGCAGUGUUACCAGUGCCCAUCAGGUGCCUGCUGUCUCUUCUGUAUCACACACAGCCCUGUAUACUCCACCACCUGAGAUACCUACCACUGUCCUCAACAUUCCCCAUCCAUCAGUCAUUUCUUCUCCCCUUCUCAAGUCCCUGCACUCUGCUGGACCCCCACUCCUUGCUGUUACUGCAGCUCCGUCAGCCCAGCCCCUUGCCAAGAAAAAAGGUGUAAAGCGGAAAGCAGAUACUACCACCCCUACACCUACAGCCAUCCUGGCUCCUGGUUCCCCAGCUAGUCCUCCUGGGGGUCUUGAACCUAAAGCAGCACGGAUUCCCCCUGUACGUAGAGAGAGUGGUCGUCCCAUCAAGCCCCCACGCAAAGACUUGCCUGACUCUCAGCAGCAACACCAGAGCUCUAAGAAAGGAAAACUGUCAGAACAAUUAAAACAUUGCAAUGGCAUUUUGAAAGAGCUUCUCUCCAAGAAGCAUGCUGCCUAUGCCUGGCCUUUCUAUAAACCAGUGGACGCUUCUGCUCUUGGCCUGCAUGACUACCAUGACAUCAUUAAGCACCCCAUGGACCUCAGCACUGUCAAGCGGAAGAUGGAGAAUCGUGAUUACCGGGAUGCACAGGAGUUUGCUGCUGAUGUGCGGCUUAUGUUCUCCAACUGCUAUAAGUACAAUCCCCCAGACCAUGAUGUUGUGGCCAUGGCACGAAAGCUGCAGGAUGUAUUUGAGUUCCGUUAUGCCAAGAUGCCAGAUGAGCCACUAGAACCAGGACCUUUACCAGUAUCUACUGCCUUGCCUCCUGGCCUGGCCAAAUCAUCUUCAGAGUCCUCCAGUGAAGAAAGUAGCAGUGAGAGUUCCUCUGAGGAAGAAGAGGAGGAAGAUGAAGAGGAUGAGGAAGAAGAGAGUGAAAGCUCAGACUCAGAGGAAGAAAGAGCUCAUCGCUUGGCAGAACUGCAGGAACAGCUUCGGGCAGUACAUGAACAGCUGGCUGCCUUGUCCCAGGGCCCAAUAUCCAAGCCCAAGCGGAAGAGAGAGAAAAAAGAGAAAAAGAAGAAACGGAAGGCAGAGAAGCAUCGAGGCCGAGCUGGGGCUGAUGAAGAUGACAAGGGGCCGAGAGCACCUCGCCCCCCACAGCCCAAGAAGUCCAAGAAAGCAAGUGGCAGUGGGGGUGGCAGUGCUGCUAUAGGCCCUCCUGGCUUUGGACCUUCUGGAGGAAGUGGCACCAAGCUGCCAAAAAAGGCCACAAAGACGGCCCCACCUGCCCUGCCUACGGGUUAUGAUUCAGAGGAGGAGGAAGAGAGCAGGCCCAUGAGUUAUGAUGAGAAGCGGCAGUUGAGCCUGGAUAUCAACAAAUUACCUGGGGAGAAGCUGGGUCGAGUUGUGCAUAUAAUCCAAGCCAGGGAGCCCUCUUUACGUGAUUCAAACCCAGAAGAGAUUGAGAUUGAUUUUGAAACACUCAAGCCAUCCACACUUAGAGAGCUUGAGCGCUAUGUCCUUUCCUGCCUGCGAAAAAAACCCCGGAAGCCUUACACCGUCAAGAAACCUGUGGGAAAGACAAAGGAGGAACUGGCUUUGGAGAAGAAGAGAGAAUUAGAAAAGCGGUUACAAGAUGUCAGUGGGCAGCUCAAUUCCACCAAAAAGCCCCCCAAGAAAGUGAGUGAGAAAACAGAGUCAGCCUCUGCACAGCAAGUAGCAGUGUCACGCCUCAGCGCUUCCAGCUCCAGUUCAGAUUCCAGCUCCUCCUCUUCGUCAUCGUCUUCUUCAGACACCAGUGAUUCAGACUCAGGCUAAGGGGCCAGGCCAGAUGGGGCAGGAAGGCUCCGCAGGACCGGACCCCUAGACCACCCUGCCCUACCCCUGCCCCCUUGCUGUGAUACUUCUUCAUCUCACCUCACCUCCCCCCUCUGUAGGAGAGCUGGCUCUGCAGGGGGGAGGGAUGCAGGGACAUACACUGAAGGAGAGAUAUGGACAAAAUAAGAUUGAAUUCCCAGCCCCACCGGGAGUGACCUUGGGCACAGAGCCCCCACUGAAAAUGAUGGGUGGGGCAGAGGUACAGAGAGGGAGUGUGUAAAGGCCCUGGUACAGUUACCUGAGGCCAUAGCUGCCCUGUUCACUUCCAAGGGUCCUGUUUUGAGGUUGUUUGUUCUAAUUUAUUUUAUGCUAGGUAAGGCUGGGGGGGAGGGUGGGGCCAAGGUCCCCUCAGCCUCCAUGGGGAGGGAAGAAAGGGGGAGCUCUUUUUUUACGUUGACUUUUUUUUUUUUUCUACUCCUGUUUUCCCUUUUUUCCUUCCGCUACAUUUGGGGCCCUGGGGGUUUCAGUCAUCUCCCCAUUUGGCCCCUGGCCUGUCUUUGUUGAUUCUAACUUGUAAAUAAAGAAAAUAUUAUUCAA